GGAGUAUAGUGAGAUUUAGCUGGCGGCUGAUCUUACGCUUUAUCACUCCCUGUUUUCGCUAUGCUUGAGUAUCGGAGAUUAUUAGUUUCAAUUCAGUGCUCGUCGAUGUUUUAGUGAAGUAAGGUCAUGAAUUUCAUUGCACUUCUUCUCGUUUUACCAGCUGUCGCUAUUGCCCAACAUUUAGUGCUGAUCGGUGGAAAUUUGAAAGAUGACAAUGUUGGCAUUUGGACAGCGAUGGUUGACAAGGCUGGAGGACCAGGUGUAGCUGAUAUUGGAGUCAUUGUGGCCUCGUCAACCGGUAACGCCGAGGGGAUUAAAGCCGCUGAUAAUUUUGUCCAGAAAUAUGGGGCCAAAUCAGCCUCCAUCGUCUCCUUGACAACAGCUGAUGUUUCAUCGCAAGAGGUGGCCAACCGUGUGCAAAGUUUCACGGGCAUCUUUUUCGCUGACGACUCGAUGGAAUCCAACACGAUAGACAUUCUCCGCCCAUCCGGCGUGGAUACUUUGGUACUCCAAGCCAUUAAAAAUGUCAUGACUAAUGGUGGCAUGGUUGCCGGUAACAGCGCGAUUAUGGGCGAUUCGGUGGCGAUCCUUGGUGGCGAUUCCAUGAACGCGUUAGUGCUGGGAACCAAAUUUGAAAAAGCCUUUCCGGGAAACCCAUCUCCACUUGUUUAUAGCAAAACGGGUGGGUUAGGUUUCUUGAAACAUUACGUGUUGGAUAGCCAUUUCAGUGAACGAGGACGAGAGAUGCGAUUGAUCCGAACGACACUCGACUCGAAGGAUCUGCCAGUUAUCGGUACAUCGAAAGGACUUGGCGUUGAUGAAAAUACCGCUUUGCUCAUUUCUAAUCCACUCUCUAAACCUAUUGGAAAGGUGAUCACCGAUGCCGUGUCAGUUAGCGGUGUGUUCAUCGUCGAUGUCUCCACGGUACCUGUUGAAUCUGGUCCAAAGGCCACCUAUGACCAAAUUCCGUUUUCUUUCUUUACUGUCAACGAUACGAUUGACCUAACCACAGAGGAAGUUAUUUACGCCAACUGGAAGAUCCCAAUAGCUGGCGAGGAGUGGUUUGAAGAUGCCAUUCCAUCGGCGGAUAUUUUCUCAAGUGAGCAGCCAUCACAAUGGCGCCAGACCAAUCGGCGGCUGAUUGAUUGCAAACAAGUGAAUGUCACUUGCACGUCUAUUGCAUCUGCAUUUCCGGUUGUGCAAGUCUUUUUUGACCGACUGCAGGCUGUCGGAUUCGGUGCGGAUAUUCCUAAUGAUCCGGCGAAAACCUAUGUUGCUUCCUUCCAAAACAUGCUGGCUUCUAUAAAACCUAUCGAAUCUUGAUGUGAUGAGUUUACAGUGAAUU